AUGGCACAAAAUAGACAUUGGGAACAAGACAAAGAAGCGACAAUCUACAUAGGCAACAUUGACGAGCGCGCCACGACAGCAACCAUUUACGAAAUCAUGCUCCAGAUGGGCCCCAUCCACAACAUCCACAUGCCGCGUGACCGCGUCACCCAGAACCACCAAGGCUUCGGCUUCGUCGAGUUCCGCACGCCCUCGGACGCCGAGUACGCGGCCAACGUCAUGAACGGCAUCAAGCUGUUCGGCAAGUCGCUGCGCGUGAACAAGGCGUCGGCCGACAAGCAAAAGGGCGCCGACAUUGGCGCCGAGCUCUUCAUCGGCAACCUCGACCCCAUGGCGGACGAGAAACUCCUCUACGACACCUUCUCCCGCUUCGGCCCGCUGCUGAGCCUGCCCAAGGUGGCCAGGGACGACAGCGGCAUGAGCAAGGGCUUCGGCUUCGUCAGCUUCGGCGACUUUGAGAGCAGCGACGCCGCCGUCGCGAACCUGGACGGGCAGUACAUGCUCAGCAAGGAGGUCAGCGUGCAGUACGCCUUCAAGAAGGACGGCAAGGGGGAGCGCCACGGCGACGAGGCCGAGAGAGAGCUGGCGAAGCAGGCCAAGAAACGCAACAUUGUGCCAGAGGCCCAGGCCCUGCCGGCGUUUGUGACGCAGCAGAGCCAGCCUCAGCAACCGCCGCCUGCGCCGCCUCAGCAGCAGCAGCAACAGCAGCAGCAACAACAUCAACAGCAUCAACCACCACAGGGUGGCCAGCAGCCGCCGCCUGUUCCCGCCGGUUUCGACCCAGCCAUGAUUCCUCCCCCGCCCGCCGGGUUGGGCGCCCAUGCGAUGCCUCCAAUGGCGGCGCAUCACCACGCGCCGCCGCCGCCGAUGCCGCCAAACUUCCACCGCAACCCUCCUCAUUCUCAAGCUCGAUCGUCGGUUCCUCUGCCUCCCCCGCCUACAGGACUCCCGGCUCGGCCGCCGCAGAGUCAGAACUACACCAAUCCUGCCGACUUUCACCCCGGCGCAUUCCGACCUCCUUCUGGAUCACCAAAUCCCCCAGGAUACCCCGUGGCACCACCUCCUGGCUUCCCAGCCGCACCUCCAGGAGCUCCGGGACAGCAAGCACCGCCAGGAGCAGGGCCACCUGGGUUCAUGCCACCGCCCGGAUUCCAACCUCCUCCAGGCUUCGGACGUCGUUGA